AUGUCUCCCAAAGUCCAAGCCAUCGACCCCGCCGGCACACCAAAGGCGUACCACGCCCAAGGCACGGUAUCGGCCACGGGCAACACGAUCCAGAUCUCAGGCCAGUACGGCGCCACGACGGACGGUCACGUGCCCGCGUCGUACGAAUCCCAAAUCCACCUCGCGCUGCUGAACCUACGCCGAGUCCUCACAGCCGCCGGCGCACGGGUGACGGACAUCACGAAGCUCACCCUCUACAUCGUCAACUACGACCCGCAACGCCGCCUGCACACGCGGCACAUCCAAAAGUUCCUCGGCACCCACCGGCCGGCCAUCACGCUCGUGCCCGUCUCGCAGCUCGCCAACCCGGCAUGGCUGUUCGAAGUCGAGGCGACGGCCUGCGUCGGCCCUCCCGACGUCAAGCCCCCACUCUCGACGAGGAAGAGCGCCGGCGAUGACGCCAAGGACUGGCUCGACGUCAUCGUGGUCGGCGCGGGGCUCAGCGGGCUGGCGGCGGCGCGCGACGUGACGCGCGGCGGGCUGCGGUGCCUGGUGCUGGAGGCGAGGGACCGCGUCGGCGGCAAGACGUUCAGCCAGGCGCUCGAGGGCGGCAAGGGCGUGGUGGAUCUCGGGGCGGCGUGGAUAAACGACACGAACCAGAGCCGCAUGAUCGAUCUCGCGCGCCAGUACGGCGCCGAGCUGAUCGAGCAGAACACGACAGGCAACUGCGCCUUUCAGGACUUUGACGGCAAUUGCUCGUCGUUUCCGUACGGGGGGCUGCCGGCGUUUGACGCCGCGACCCAAACGCACAUCGCGCAGAUCCGCGACAUGGUCGAGGCGCACUGCCAGGCCGUCGACGUCUUCAACCCCAAGGACACGGACCUGGACUCGCUCACCUUCGACGCGUACCUGCGGCGCAACGGCGCCAGCGACGCGGCCGUAGCAACAGCGACAGUGUGGACGCGCGCCAUGCUGGGCCAGGAGCCGGGCGACGUGUCGGCGCUGUACUUCCUCAACUACUGCAAGUCGGGCGGCGGGCUGCUGCAGAUGCGGUCGGACCGCAAGGGCGGCGGCCAGCAUCUGCGCUGCCGCCAGGGCAUGCAGCUGUUCGCCACCGAGAUGGCAAAGCGCCUGCCGCCGGGCACCGUGAAGCUGUCCACGCCGGUGCGCGCCCUGAAGCAGGUUCCCGGCGGUGGUGUGAUGGUCGAGUCGGAUGUCGGGACUUUCCAUGCGAGGAAGGUGGUCGUGUCGGUGCCGUCGCCGGUGCUGCUGCGCGCCCUCGCCUUCGACCCGCCGUUGCCGUUCGAGAAGACGGUCCUGGCCGACUCGGCGUCGUACGGCUACUACACCAAGGUCAUGCUCGUCUUCGCCCAGCCGUUCUGGGUGGAGAAAGGUUUCUGCGGCCUCACGCAGUCUUUCCGCGGCCCGGCGUCGGUCGUCCGCGACACCAGCGUGCCCGUCGACGGGAAGUGGAUCCUGACCUGCUUCCUCGCCGGCGAACCUGGAAAGGAGUGGGCGAAGCUGCCGGGAGGCCGCCAGGUCGACGCGCUGCUGGAGCAGGUCGGAGAGCUGUUCGGCGAUGCGGAUGCGCCGCGGAAGCACUUCGUGGAGGCUGUGUCGCACGAGUGGAUGCAGGAGCAGUGGUCGGGGUGGGGCUGCCCCUGCACCGCGCUGCCGCCGGGCGCGCUGGACGCUGUCGGUCAUGCGUUGAGGGAGCCGGUGGGCGAUAUCCACUUUGUGGGCACCGAGACGGCGGGGGAGUGGAAGGGCUACAUGGAGGGUGCUGUGAGGAGUGGCGAGAGAGGCGCUGCUGAGGUCUUGAGCCUGCUCUCUCGGGCCGGUGCGAAGUUGUAA